CCGUGACAGUAUGGACGUGUGUUAUAAAUUUAGAUUUGCCGCUCGAAAAUAUCGCGACGUUGUGAAAUGUUAGUAAGGUGUGCCCAGUACGGCGUGAGCGCGUGUGUUUAUCAAAUAUUUUUAUGUUGUACUCGAGUAUUUUAGUGAUGUGGUAGAAAGUGGUACGAAAUGGGCAACUCUUGCAGUUCGGGUCAGGCUCACAAGGAUAAAGACAAUAUUUCACAGCAUUCCGAGGAGUACACGUUGACAACGAGUGUCAAAAGACCGAACUGCUGCGCGCGCAGGUCGCCGUCGUACCGCACGAGCAAGGCCGUGCCAGAGCCUGAGCCUGCAGCUGAUCCCCCGUUGGAGCUGCUAGAGCCUGCACCCUCGCUGCGGGAGAAGAAGCCCUCAGUUAAAGUACCACGACCUGUCGGCUCCAGUGUAUCAGAUUCCAUCUCGCUGUCAUCGCCGGUGGCAUGUGCGUCGCCCCGCGAAGAAGUGGUGGGGCCGCCGGUGCCGGCCAGCGUGGCUGCGCUCCCCGAGGAGCUACGCUGCUACCUGCUGGGCAAGACACCCCCAACGAGGACCCGACGGCGACGAGCUAUGCUAAUAUAUGUCUGUGCUGCCGACUCACAAGAUUGCUGCGCGGAAAAAGGAAUCCUGCAGUGCGCGGUGGCGGCCAAGCUGCGUGUGCGCGCGCGGCGCCGCGGCUGGCGAGUGCACGUGUCCGACUUGCACUGGCGGUCGCCGCUCGAGCAACAACGAGACCAUCGCUUCCCAGUACUGUGCAUCGCUGAACUUACCCGUCAAUCUGAGUUAGGCGCUGUAGUGCCGGUUCUCUUCCUCAAUUCCGGUCUGGGCACGCCGCUGUUGCCGCAUACGCUGGAAUGCGCUGACUUCAAAGCAGCUCUGGAAGCCGCGGAGGAUGAAAAUGAUCAAGCUCUAUUAAAUAAAUGGUACAGUCUAGACGUAGUGUGCACUCCGCCGUGCUAUCGGUUGGCGCGCGGUGCGCCUGCGCGCUGGCGACGUGAGAUGGCGCGCACUCUUAGUGUGCUCGUGCGCACGUUGCCGCAGGAGGCUUGCGACGCCUACCUCACCACUGUUGUUGAACAGGAGGUACAGCACUCUGUGUUGAUGAGCGGCGAGGCGGCGCGGCGCUGCGUGUGGGUGUGCCGCGGAGGCGCGCCACCGGAGCCCGAGCCGGAGGGCACAGACCCCGCACACCAUGCAGAGCUACAGCGCAGGCUCAACAACUUACAGAAGGAGCUAAAAUGUCACUUGAGUGAGCGUAACGUGAUCCGUGCGAGUGUACGAGGUCGUGGUGCGGGAGACGAGGAGUGCGCGGAGCAAGUGCGCGCCGCACUCGCUGACAGACUUGGCGCGCUACUUGACACACUAAUAGCUGACAAUGAGCAACCUGCCGGCAGCUGCGGCGUACCCACCAGUUUAUUUGAUGAGAUAAGCGAACACCUGUCGUUCUGCCAGAAAGCGGCGCAAUGCACCUCUAACAGAGAGAUCACGCUUAACGACCUCAAAACCUACGUGACUGGUGAGAGUUCUGUCCCGCUCGCACUACUAGGGGGCGCGGGGUGCGGGAAGGCGACGCUGCUAGCUCGUGCCGCCUCGCUCGCACACACCUGGCUGCCAGACCUCGCGCUCAUAGUGCGGUUCGUAGGUCUAACCUCUCAGUCGAGCAGUUCCCACCAGCUGCUGAAGUCUAUUGUGGACCAAUGCCAUGUGCUGCACACGGGCACCGUAUACAGAGGUAGAAAUGAGGCGGGCGCGCUGUCCAGUGCACUGGGUCGGCUGCUGUCAGCACUGGGUCGCACGAGGCCCGUGUUGCUCUGCGUGGCGGCGGCUGACGCGCUGCGUGGUGCUCGCUGGUUGCCGUCAAAGCUGCCCGAUAAUGUCAAAAUGCUGGUUACUGUCUCUGAAGAAACAGACGAACCCUCAUCAUCAGCGAUAAUGGCGGUGCUAUCAUCAGAGGACGGUCCGAAGGUGGUCCGUGCGCCGGGAGUCUGCCUGGAGGAGGCGCAGGCGACACUGUGCGCGUGCGCAGCCGCGUACUGCCGCACGGGCGCGGCCGCACCGCCACCAGAGGCACUUGAAGCACUGCGGCGAUGUACACUGCCACUCUACGCCAAGAUCCUGGCGUGGCAGAUAUCCUUAUCAACGGAGACAUUCACCGAGCAGUCGGAGCCGGAGGUGGAACCGGAGCUGGUGAUCUGCGAAGACCUGGAGAGUCAGCUGGCGCAGAUCCUGGUGGCGACGGAGCAGGCGCUGGGCGCGGACCGCGUUCGCGUCUGUCUAGCUCUGCUCACCGCAUCACGACGCGGUCUUGAUGAUACUGAGAUGCUGGAUAUGUUGGCACAUGACGAACUGUUUAGAAGCGAGGAGACUUAUUUACCAUGGGCGCCGGCGUCACUAUUCUGGCCCCAGUUGGGCGCACUGCUGGCGCCAUGGCUGCGCUGGGAUGUGCGCGGUGCUGCACGCUGGAGGGAUGCGGCACUGGCAGCUGCUGCAGCUGAGCGAUAUCUGGCACCAGCACCACAUGUACCUAGACUAGCUUUGGUGCAGUACUACGAGGGUAUGUGGUACACGGAGAACGAUCCUAAAAUGGCCGGCCGCUUGAUAUCACAAGAAAACAAAUUCUCCGAAGAUUGUUACAACACGAGAAAACUUGAUGAACUUCCAUUUCAACAUUAUCAUCUAUUAAAAGAUGAUCCAGAAACAUUUUCAAUAAAACCUUAUUUCACAAAAUUAGACUGGAUUCAUGACAAACUAGCGGCUACAGAUUGUGGUCAUUUCUUAGAGGACAUAGCCUUAGUACAUAUAGACCCACUUCCAGAACAUUUAGAUGUACUAAAAGAUGUCUUCGAAACUCAUUCGUAUGCACUAGAUUAUGACCAUAGACAAUUCUAUGGUCUUUUAAGAACUACGUUAGAGAAAAGAAAGAGAGAAGGAAUAGAGAUAGAGAGUGAAAUAGUCGAGCAAUGGAUGGCACAAGUUUGGGAACCACCGGUGCCAACUUUUUAUCCUGUCAAUGAAGAUUUCUGGAAAGUGGUAGAGAAUAAAGAAAGAAGAGAUAUGUCUAUGGUCGAAGGAUUUGAUAGUAAAUCCUUUGAUUUGAUAGUUAGAUUUGAUACUAGAGGCAAAUUUAUAGCUACUAUAUCUACGGAGAGAGAAGAGAUAUGUGUUUGGGAUGUUAGCCGAUGUAAAUUAGUAAGAAAGUUGACUGGUGUAACACAUCCUAUAAAUUUAGUACCGAUCGAUGAGUACAGAUGUGUGGUGUUGUGUCGGAGAGAACUUAGAGUCUAUGACCUGGAUCAGGGUAAGUUCGUGGUUACUCUAAAAGGUGUAAUGAACCAGAAGAUGCCGUACUACGGAUUACACGACGCCUCUCAUCUCGUGGCCCUCUCCAGGAACAGAAUGUACGUCAACUUGAUGAAUAUAGAGACAGGUGACUGUGUAACGACAUUCAAAGCUGGGGAGGACAGGUUUCUGAACUCUCUGCUCGUUUCUGGUGAUGGAAGGAUUCUGGUAUGCGGCGACGAGACGCAGAAGCCAUUCCCGCUGCUGGUGUGGUCUCUAACGUCACGCAAGCUGCUCUACGACCUGCGUAUACCUCACCACGACUUCAUCACCUCCAAAGCGGCCAUCACCUACGAAGGUUCAUACGUAUGCGUGGUGUCUCGUGAGCUGGACGAGCCGACACCUAACUUCAUAGUGGUGUACGACCUGCAGUCGGGCACACUCUUCAAGAAAUGGAAGCCCGGCUGCGACACCGUCGCCCUCGCCAUCAGCUCUGUCGACGGCUGCGUCGUCUCCGGACUUGAGGAUACCAGGAUACUUGUCUGGGACCUGGUCACUGGUAACUGUCGUCUGACACUGCGCGGACACGCAGCAGCACCAUCAAUGCUGCGGCUGUGUCGUGCUGGUGCCGUGCUGCUGUCUGCUGACCGCGCUGCCAGAGACCUCUCUGUCAGACUGUGGGACCUUCAUACUGGCAAACUAAUCGCAGUGUACACACCACCUGAACGUAUAACAUCUUGUGAAGUACUCCUCGGUGGGUCUGUACUCGCAUUGUCUAUGGAAAAUUACAAGGAGAUAGUCUGUGUCAAACUUCACGGGCCACUCGUAGAGUCUGUCAAAAACGGCAGAGAUUGUGAAUACGAUGAUAGAGGUUAUGGAAAUGAGGAGUUCGAAGGUCGGACCUUCGAUGUUAGGGGAAUGGAGAACUGCUGAUGGAACAGAAAUUAAAAUCUAGGUUAAAAAAACUAGUUAAAAAUGGCUACAUUUUUUACGUUAGUCAAGUUUCAGAGUCCUAGAGUAUUGUCUUUCGACUAUCAG